AUGGCUGGGCUGAUUCUUGUCCCUGCCGCCCUCUUCUGCUUCUUUUCUUCCGCUGCUCUGAUGAAGUUGAGAUCCAAGCGUACCCUUGCCCGAAUAGCCGAAGGCGGCAGACUUCGAGAACGAGAAACGCCGGGAAUUGCCACGAAUACAACCUUGGUUCCCUCUGGCUUGUUGGAGAUGCAACAAGCAAUGCUUCGUAUACGGUCCCAUGUCUGCGCUGCACGUGGGCAUGGUUCGCCCGUGCUUCGUGUUGGCUUGUGGCACGAAGACACCGCGCAGCACCAGCGCAGUAUGGCAGAUCGGAUCACGGCGCGCCGCACGCAGCACCAGCGACUACGCGCGGCCUGUUGCUCGUAUAUGAUGCUCUUUGACGUCGCCGCGUGGCUCAUCACUUGAUUUACAUUAUUUUUCUCGCCACUGCGAUGUGCAUCAGUUACGCAUUUGCACCGUAUCAACGCAUCAAAGUGUACUAAUGCGGGACGGUACGCUCAUCAUAUGCGGGACAGAGCUUGGCGAGGCGCAGUUGCG